AUGGAUAAAAAUGGUACUGACUUUGAUCAUUUAAUUCAAACAUUAAAAGAUCGUCUUGGUACUAAUGCUCAUGCAAUUCAGUGUCCAAUUGGAGUGCAAGAUGCUUUUGGUGGAAUUAUUAAUAUAAUUCAGAUGAAAGCGUACCAUUUUGAUGGUAAACCAAAUGAGGAUUAUAAAGAAAUUCCAAUUCCUGAAGAACUUAAAGAUACUGCUGAUAUUAGAUCUGAAGUAUUCUUUGAUGCACUUUCUCACUUUGAUGAAGAUUUCUUUACGAAAUAUGCUGAAGGAAAAGAACUAAAAGUUGCAGGAAUUAAAAUAGUAAUUCGUAAAGCAACAAUUGCUGAUAAGUUCUUUCCAGUAUUAUAUGGUAGUACAUUUAAAAAUAAAGGAGUUAAAUUAAUGAUAGAUGCAGUUAUUGAUUACUUGCCUUCACUAUCAGAUGUAGCUGCAAUUAAAGGAAUAUUACCUGCCACAUCAAAAGGAGCAGAACGUCAUUCUAACGAUGAAGAACCUUUCUCAGCGUUGGCAUUAAAGGUCAUGACGGACACUUUUGACGGAAGAUUAAUUUCUUUUACGGUAUACUUAGGAACACUAGAAUCUCGUAGCUAUGUAUCAAAUUCAACUAAAGAAAAAAAAGAACGUGAUGGUCGAAUUUUACAAAUGCGUGUCAAUAGUCGUGCGGAAAUUAAAAAGGUUUAUACUGGUGAUAUUGGUGCUAUUGGUGGUUUAAAAGAUACAAGUACUGGUGAUACAUUAUGUGAUGAAAGACAUGAAGUUAUUUCAGAAGAAAUGUUGUCUUCAGAACCAGUUAUUUCAUUAGCACUUGAACCUAAAACAAAAGCUGAUGAAAGAAAAAUGAGUUUAAGUUUGCUAAAGACUGUAGAAAAAGAUCCAACAUUCCGUGUUUCAUCAGACAAUGAAACGGGACAAACAAUUAUUUCUGGAAUGGCAGAACUACAUUUAGACAUAUUAAUUGAUCAUUUAAAACGUGAGUUUAAAGUAGGUACUAACGUUGGAAAUCCACAAGCUGCAUAUAUGAAACAAAUGAAGCAGCAUGUGAUCGCGUUGAGUGUAAGCUUGUUCAUCAAUCAGGUUGUAACGACCGUUAUCUCGGCAGAUCUACACAUUAACAUCAGAUUAUGCCAGCAAUCUGCACAUCAAGACUUAAAGGGAUCAUGGAAAUGCGGUAUCGCAACAAUCCGAACAUCAAGACUUCCAGGGGCCAUCUAA